AUGGAGCCUGGAGUCAGCCGGCUGCCUCUCCAGGUCCUGGGAGAGAACGAGGCGCUGCAGCAGUUCUUCAGUGGUCAGGAUGUGAGCGGUGUGUUGGACAGCUCUGUCGCUGUGGAUACGAGCAUCCUGGAGCAGUACCUCAGCAAUGACAUGGAUCCCAACAGCUUCAUGCUCCCUGAGUCUCCUCCUGACUCGAGCUCGGAGGCCUGUUCACCUGCACGGAUACCAGACUUCCAUCACGAGCCGCCAUAUUGGUCCAACCAGCAGACCACCCAGGAGGUUUUCCAGCCCGCGACACAAUCUGCUGCUUCUUCAUCCUGUAGCUUUAAGGAUCGAGGCUCUACCCACACCCACUCUGACUUGCUGACCCACAAUCAGCUCCGCAGUUUGGGCCUCACUAACACUUACAUCAAGACUGGGACACCGCCCAUCCCACCUGCUGCACCUGCUCCCCUGCACCAGCAUACGCACCACUCACCUGAACACAUACACUACCUGAGUCCACAGAGCUGCUCACAGGUUUACACCCCACCCACACCUCCCUCCCCGCCCUUACCUCCCACGAACAGCUACGUUGCACCCUGUGCUGGCCCAGACAUGGGCCCCCAUUUAACUACGCCUCCUUCGGCCUGUUUGCUGGGCUCCGCCCCAACGCUACACCCCUGCUCCCCGCAAAGUAAAAAGAGGAGGAGAUCAGAGUGUGAGGAACCAGCGGGAGGAAUGGAUGCUUCCUGCAGUGAUGCUGAUGGGACUUGUGGUGGCAGUGCAGGGAAUGGCGUAGGUGGUGGUGGACUAAAUUUGGGAUCCUUCCAGCUUCUGACCUGGGAACAAUAUAGGCUGGGACACUGGAGCACUUUGUACGACAGCAGCUACCAGACACUGUCUCCUCCUGCCUACCACGUCGACACAGAUAAAGGCUUCAACUAUUCCACAGCUGACGAGGCUUUCGUUUGCCAGAAGAAGAACCAUUUUCAGGUCACCAUUCACAUUGGCAUGGCUGCAGAGCCACAAUAUGUCAGGACACCCAGCGGGUCACAGCAGGUGGACCACUUCCUAAUAAAAGUGUUUGGGGUCAAGCUGGAAGCUCCAAGCCACCAGGUGACCAUCGAACAGUCCCAGCCCGACCGCAGUAAAAAGCCCUUCCACCCUGUCAGGGUCAACCUUCCCAGCGGUAAGAUCACAAAGGUAACGCUCGGCCGGCUGCACUUCAGCGAGACGACGGCCAAUAAUAUGAGGAAGAAAGGCAAACCCAACCCUGACCAGAGGUAUUUUCAGAUGGUGGUCGGUCUAUACGCUGCAGUGGGAGAGGACACCUUUCUCCUGACAGCUCUGGUGUCAGAAAGAAUCAUUGUCAGGGCUUCAAACCCCGGUCAGUUUGAGACAGAUGGGGAUCCCCUGUGGCAGCGUGGGGGGGUGCAGGACGCUGUGGUCUGUCAGGGUCGGGUGGGCAUCAACACAGAUUCCCCUGAUGAGGCGCUGGUCGUGUGCGGUAACGCCAAGGUGAUGGGCGCCAUCAUGCAGCCAUCCGACUGCCGUGUCAAAGAAAACGUACAGGAGGUUGACUCUGAGCAGCAGCUGAAAAGAAUCACUCAGAUGAGAAUAGUCGAGUUCGAUUAUAAACCAGAGUUUGCCUCCACCAUGGGAAUGGACCACACCCACCAGACAGGUAUAAUAGCUCAGGAGGUGAAGGAGCUGCUGCCGUCAGCGGUGAAGGAAGUCGGAGACGUCACCUGUUCCGAUGGAGAGAGGAUUCCUAAUUUCCUCAUGGUAGACAAGGAGCAGAUCUUCAUGGAGAACAUUGGGGCGGUGCAGCAGCUGUCGAAGCUCACCGACAAUCUGGAGACUCGGAUCCAAGACCUGGAGGUCUGGAACCGCCGAUUGGCUAAACUGAAGAGCCUGACGGGAAGCCUGCGAUCCACAGAGAAACCCAGAAGAAACAGCAGUGUGUCGACAAUGCCGAGUACUGACACUUGUAAGACUGGGAAAGUCCAGAAGGAGGGCUGCAGUCAGAAAUACAGCCACUGUCUGCAGCAUAGGGUCUUCCAGGCCAGCGCCUACAGCCUGCUGGCCACCAUGGCUUUCUGCAUCAUCUCUAUCACUGUUCUGUACCUGCUAAAUUUGAAGGAGGAAGACUUGAAUGGCUUUCCCGACAACAGUAAUGGGAGCGUGGUUCCUAUGCAGUCCACAGCUUGGACCAGCACAGUCCGGCCAACCAGCCCACCCGGCCCCUGGCCCCCAGAGGUUGACUUCUGUGACCUGUUUUACUGUGACAGGGUGUACUGCUGCCCUUCACCAGCAAAGGGCAGCACUGACUUCAAUGCCACCGCCAUUGAAUCAGGUGGAACAGAAAAGCCUGAUAUUGCAGAAAAUAGAAAAGAAAAACUUUAUCGCAAGCUGAAAAGUGCCAAAGACUGGACAAACACCACCAUCCAUUCUUUCAGGAUCAAAGAGAACCAGCAGCUGAUUGACAGCAAAUAUUGUCUAAGAGAUGAAUGUGGGCCUGGUAGAUACGCCUACAGAGUUCCCAUUAGCCAGUUUGUCCCAGUCAACAUGAGAGUUACCCUGCUCAUGAACUCUACGGAGCUGCUGGUGGUCCAUCUGUGUAGCUUCGAUGAGUCAGCGGCCUGCUCCUCUCUGCUGGAUGUUAACACUGUCACAGGGAGCGUAUACCCGUUAAACACACAGGGAGAACAUGAAUGGCCUCUCCACGUGGCUCGUCUUUACCACAGCUCAUAUCACUUCCGCUCCACAGUGGCUGGUCAAGCAGACUGCAGUACUGACCAUCACUUCUCGGGGGCGCUCUUCACUGACUACAUUUUCCACUUCUACAGACACUGCACAGACUCAUAG